UUCAUUUAGACCAAAAAAAAAAAAUUAUUUAUUUAUACAUUGAUCUCAAGAAAAAAGAACCUGAUAUUAAGUAUUUAGAUUUAGUAGAUAAAUUGUCAGAAGAAAGUGGUAUCGGAAUUGGAACAGUUAGAAAAACAUUGAGUGAGUAUAAGUCUUCUGGCACAGUAUCUUCACCAAUAAAUAAGAAAAGACGAUUAUCAAUCAUCGAAAAAGUGGAUGAUUGUAACAAAAAUGAAAUUCGUAAGAAAAUACAUGAAUUUUGGUUCAGAAGAAAAUUUCCAACCAUACAAAAAAUAAUAAGAGUAGUUAAAAAUGACCCUGAUCUUCCAAAUAUUUCACGUACUUCAUUUCAGAGGUUAUUAAGUGAGAUGCAAUUUGAGUACACAAAAAGAAGUGUUCUUAUUGAAAAAGAUGAACUAGUCUUAUGGCGGCGCAAAUAUAUUUCAGACAUACGGCGUUAUCGUCAAGAAGGAAGAACAAUAUAUUAUUUAGACGAGACUUGGAUCAAUUCCAAUGAUUGUUCGUCUAAAUUGUGCGCCGAUACAUCUGUUAAAUUUCAAAAAGAUGAAUUCCCAAGAGAUAUACCUACGAGGUCAAGUAAUCCUAGGAAAAAAGAUGACGCGGUGAUAGUUAUGGAUAAUGCACCAUACCAUUCUGUGAAAAAAGAACAGGCACCUACCAUUUAUUGCGAAAAAGAUGCAAUACUUGAAUGGCUGAAAUCCAAAGGUGUUGUAAUUACGGAACCCUAUAUGCUCAAAUUUGAGUUAUUACAAAAAGUCCAACAGAUAAAACAUCAAUAUGAAAAUUACGUUGUAGAUGAAGAGGCCAAAAAGUUUAAUAAAAUCGUACUGCGUUUACCUCCGUAUCAUUAUGAACUCAACCCCAUAAAGUUGGCGUUGUCGAUUGUAAAAACACAUAUUAAAGAAAAUAACACGACUUUUAGUUUAGAUGACAUUCAGAAAUUAUUAAAUGAUGGCAUACAACGAGUGACACGUGAAAUGUGGUCUGAUUUUAUUAUCAAUACCUUAAAAGAGGAGGAUAAAUUUUGGCAGGUAGACUUCGUUUCCGACGAGAUGUUGGAGAAGUUAAAUAUGACAUCACUUGUUUCAUUAACGGCGGCAGAAGAGACGACUUCUGAUUUAGAAAACAGUGAAUAACGUAUUUUUAAACUAUAAUAGGUAUCUUUGUAAAUUAAUAAUUACAAUCAUAUUAAUUUAAUUU